AUGGCAAAGAUAGAUGAUGAAAUUAAAGAGAUUAAAAAUUCUUCGGUUUGUGAAGCGGGAUACUCUGUAUCUAAUACUACACUUACCGAAAUAAAAAAUUUCGUUGAUAUACCUGCAUUUGAUAUCAAUAGUGGAGCUAAUGUUAAGACACAUAAUGCUCCAAUUUCUAGCCACUCUGUAAACACUCUCGGUAUCAAUGCUCCUAAUAAUGCUUCAAAUUCUGAUAUUACUAAAAAG